AAGCGUGGCGUCUGAUAUUAUGCAGCAAUACCAGCUACUGCGUGUAUGUGAUUGGACAAGUCAUGAAGCUAAGCUGACACAAGUUCUUAUUACCCCGCAUAGCCUUCUCUGAAGAGCGUUGACUGAGAAAUUUUCUUUCUUUUCUUCUCAUUGACACAGGCUCAAACUUCAUAUUCCCGGAUACCCAAAGCCCAGCUGAACAUGGCCACAUCACAAGACAGGGUUUUGAUCGUCGGAGCAGGAUCAUCGGGCUUGCUCAUUGCCCAGGUUCUCAAGAAGGCCGGCAUCCCAGCCACAGUCUUCGAGCAAGACACCUCGCCCACGUCCCGCCACCGCGACUGGAACUUUGGCAUCUACUGGGCCCAGUCCCGGCUCGAAGAAUGUCUCCCCCCAAACCUACACGACCUGGUCAAGUCAACACAGACAGAUCCGAACUAUGAGCCGUCGGUGGAUGAGAAGCUCAACAUCUUCAACGGCCACACUGGCGAGAUGAUGAACAGCCUCCCCGCACCAUACAGCAUGCGGAUCCGGCGCAGGCCUUGGUUGGAACUUCUCAAGACUGGAAUUGAUGUGCGCUAUGGCAAAAGGCUUUCCAGCGUGUCUGUCACGGAUAUCAGUAUGACGAUAGCCUUCGAAGAUGGGACAUCUGAAACUGGCACUUUGCUCAUCGGUGCGGAGGGAGCUCACAGUCCCACUCGAGAGUUUCUCUUCCGGAGGUCGCCCCACGAGGCAGCGUUGCUUAGCUGUCCUAUUGUCACGACGGCUACUUUGACGACGUUUCCUAAGGAGAUUGCAGGAGAGCUUGCCAAGUUGCACCUUAAACAUAUCAUUACGUUUGACCCGGCGGGGAUGAUUGUUUGGAUAGGGGUAGUCCACAACCGAACACCAACGGACUGCACUUACAUGAUCCUCGUCAGCUGGGAGUCACAAGAAGAGACUGGGCUGAGGGAAGCCGGCAGCGAUGCCAUCUUGGCUGACCUAAAGUGUCGAGCUGAGAAGCUGGCAUCCCCCUUCAAAGACGCCAUCCAGAGCGUGCCAAAUGGGACGAGAGCUUGGCACGCCCGGCUCUCCUACUGGCCCACCAAGCCCUGGGAUAACCACAACGGAAAAGUAACCCUGGCAGGCGAUGCAGCGCACCCCAUGACGUUCCACCGAGGCCAAGGCCUAGGCAACGCCAUCACCGAUGCGGCCGAGUUCCAGACCUGUUUGUCGUCCUCCAGCAACAACCUUGUCGAAGCGGUAGCUAAGUACGAAAAGGAGAUGUGGGCGAGGGGUUUCGAGGCGGUAAAGGUGAACUUGGAGAAUAGUAUCGCGUUGCAUGACUGGAAGAAGGUGUUGUUGAGUCCAUUUUACAAGGCUGGUAUCAAGAGGGACGCGGAAGUUGGGGUGAGUGAGGAAGGCAAAGUGGACGAGAAGGGGCAAGCGAAGGGUGGCGAGGGGGGGCUAUUUGAUGAGUGA